AUGCGCAUCCGCUGGCCCUUUGCUGUCUCCCACCUGCACCGCUCGUACGCCACCAUGCCUUCUAAGCAGCCUGCCAAGGACUUCUUGUCCUUUGUCAAUGCCUCUCCCACCCCUUUUCAUGCGGUCCAGUCCGCCAAAGAGCUCCUCGCCACGGCCGGUUUCCAGGAGAUCAAGGAAAAAGAAUCAUGGGCCUCCACCUGCCAGCCCGGCGGCAAGUAUUACCUGACUCGGAAUACCACCACCCUGAUUGCGUUUGCCAUCGGCCAACAAUGGAAGCCGGGGAAUUCCAUCUCCAUGAUCGGUGCCCACACCGACUCCCCCGUGCUGCGGGUCAAGCCCGUGAGCAACAAGCGGGGUGAGGGCUUUGUGCAGGUCGGGGUUGAAACCUACGGUGGAGGCAUCUGGCACACCUGGUUUGAUCGCGAUCUCGGUGUCGCGGGCCGAGUGAUGACACGGGCCAAGGACGGCUCGAUCGUGCAAAAAUUGGUCAAGGUUGAUCGGCCCAUUCUUCGCAUUCCAACGCUGGCAAUUCAUCUGGACCGUCAAGAGACUUUUACAUUCAACAAGGAGACCCAGUUGUUCCCCAUUGCGGGCCUGGUGGCCGCUGAACUCAACCGGACUGGCAAACCGGAGGCCGAUGAGACCGAGAAGGAGGGUGAAUUUACCCCCUUGAAAUCCAUGACGCAGCGCCACCACCCGUACUUUGUGGAGCUGAUCGCCGCCGAGGCCGGAGUCCAGCCGGAGGAUAUUCUGGAUUUUGAGAUGAUCCUCUUCGACACGCACAAGGCGUGCCUCGGUGGCCUGUUGGAGGAAUUCAUCUUUUCUCCCCGUCUGGACAACCUGAACUGCACCUUCUGUGCGACGGUGGGACUCAUCGACUCCGUCGCGGACAAGGCGGCACUGGACAACGAGUCUGCCAUCCGUCUGAUUGCGCUGUUUGACCACGAGGAGAUUGGCAGCCGCACCGCCCAGGGCGCCGACUCGAACAUUCUUCCGGCCAUCAUUCGGCGACUGUCAGUGCUGCCGUCAACUGCGUCCAAGGGCGAGGACCUCUCGACUGCCUACGAGCAAACCCUGUCGACCUCGUUCCUGGUGUCCGCCGACAUGUCCCACUCGGUCAAUCCCAACUACGCAGUCAAGUACGAGUCGGAUCACAAGCCGGAGAUGAACAAGGGGCCCGUGAUCAAGAUCAAUGCCAACGCGCGCUAUGCGACUAACGCCCCCGGGAUUGUGCUGCUGCAGGAAGUGGCCCGCAAGACGACGGAGGAGAGUGGCGAGCCCCUGCCGCUGCAGCUGUUCGUUGUUCGCAAUGAUUCGAGCUGCGGCAGCACCAUUGGCCCGAUGCUGUCUGCGGCCCUGGGUUCUCGGACCCUGGAUCUGGGCAACCCGCAGCUGAGCAUGCACAGCAUUCGCGAGACGGGCGGCACUUACGAUGUCGGGCAUGCGAUCCGGCUGUUCACGGGCUUCUUCAAGCACUACUCGGAGCUGUCCACGACGAUUUUCGUGGAUUAA